AUGGAUCGCUACCUCUCCACCCACGUUAGCCAGAGACCGGACGCCAUCGCCAUCGAAGAUGAUAUCCAGAAAUUGACAUAUAAGGACCUGAACCGAGAAGUCGACAGGCUAGCCUCCGUGUUGAAGAAUUACCACUUGGGCCCCGAGGAGCCGAUUUGCAUCAUAGAGGAAAUAAACUCCAAUCUUGUCAUUGCCCAGCUUGCGGUCAUCAGAGCAAGACUGACCUGCGUACCAAUCGAGCCAUCGACGCCCAAGCUUCGUCUGAGUAAUAUGCUCACUGAUAUCGGAGCCAAAUAUAUUCUAUCUGACAAGGAAGAUAUUGCCGAUGAUAUCGAACACACGGUGAUUCCUAUAACAGGCCGGAGUCCUUCUGAUACUUCUGAUGCGCAGAAAGACAGCCAAGUGAACGGUUCAGUCCAUGACCCAGACCACGAAUACCGCAGCCAUAUUCUAUUCACAUCAGGAUCAAGUGGAAAACCCAAGGCUGUUCAGAUACCUGAAAGAGCUAUCACUCAUCUAGUGACAAAAACAGCCUGUACGCCGCUGGAACCCUCUGACCGUGUUGCAGUUAUAAACAACCCUGGCUUCGAUAUUUCUCUCUUUGAAGUGUUCGGUCCAUUGGUCGCAGGCGCAACGAUGGUCCCUGUGCCUCGCAUGGUUGUAACUGAUCCGUUCGCGUUCCGAGAGUUCAUCGCAGAGAAAACCAUCUCAGUGAUAUUCUUGACGGCAGCGUUACUUUCUAUUACUGGCUACACCUGUCCUACGGCUUUCCGUGGUGUCAGACUUGUCUUGAGUGCCGGUGAUGUACCCAGUGUCGCUGCCGUAAAGGCCAUCAUGAAAUCCUCUGCACCUCCAAAGCAUCUCUGGAACACGUACGGCCCAACGGAGACAACAACUUAUUCCACCAUGCACGAGAUUAAAGCUGAAGAGUUCCAACAUGAUUUCUUGGGCAUUGGUGGGCCAGCUGGGGACACUAAAUUGUGCCUCGUGGAUGAGAACCUAGAACUCAUUACAAAGCCCGGUGAGGUAGGCGAAAUCCUUCUGGGGGGGCCCGGUAUGACUACAGGGUAUAUCAACCGCCCGGAGGAGAACGAGAACAGCUUCGUCACCCUACAUGGAAUCAAAUAUUACCGAACUGGCGAUCUAGCAAGGUAUCGUGUAGCUAAGCCUGAGGUCCUUGAAUAUGUUGGCCGCGCAGAUCACCAAGUAAAACAGGGUGGUUUCCGCGUGGAAUUAGGAGAAAUCGAACAAACUCUCCAUGCAAGCGGUUGGUUGUCUGGUGCUGUCGUACGGCAAAUUACUUCAAAAGACGAAAACAAAGAACCGUUCCUUGUUGCAUUUGUGAUACCAGCUGUUGCUAAUACAGUUCGUGCCCGUACACUCUCUGAAUUUCUGGAGCAGAGAUUGCCAUCUUAUAUGAUUCCGAGCGAUUUUAUCUUUUGCUCGGAGUAUCCCAUGACGACGCAUGAUAAGGUUGACCGGAAAGCAUUAGAGCAGCAGUACCAAGAAAGUCGAGAGAGACAAGGGGUUCACAAUGGAAAACAAGCAGAUGACCGUGGAAACGACACUACAAGCGUCGUGAAGUCUCUUUGGUCAUCCUUACUGAACAAAAACAACAUCGACGACGAGGAUGACUUCCUUGUACUUGGAGGAACGUCUCUUCAGUGUGCAACUCUGAUAAGUAAACUGAGGCAGCAUUUAGGGAAGACAAUCUCCAUGCGAUCACUUCAUGAGAACUCAAGGCUUGGUGAUCUAGUUCAUUACCUUGAUGAGUUUGCUGAAGGAGGAAAUGCACCGGACGAAGCAGACAAGUGGAUUGCGCACUCCAAGAUCGCUGACUGUCUGCAUGCCGUACCUGAUUGGCAAGCAGAAAAGGAAGGGAAAGUCUUCAUAUCAGGAGUUACUGGAUUUGUCGGUGUCAAUUUUCUGAGCCGAUUCCUACAGAUGCCGACAGUCAAAGAAAUUGUAUGUGUCGCACGGUCUAAAAAUGGCAUUACACCUCGAGACAGGGUGGAGGCGGCUUUGGAGCAAUAUGAUCUCUGGGAUCAAUCCAAACAACACAUGCACAAACUAAGGGUCCUAACCGGAGAUAUAUCUCUCGACUUGCUCGGGCUCCCAGCAGAGCAGUUCGACUGGUUGGCCAACUGGGCAAGCGUGGUCUUCCAUCUGGCUGCCAAAGUUAACUUCUGCGAUCCAUACCAAGCCCAUUUUGACUCUAACACACUGGGAACGAAAAACAUGUUAGAUAUUGCUGCUAGUGGACGGCGAAAGGCCUUCCACUUCAUGUCCAGCAUUGACGCAUGGGGCCCAACCGGCCUGGUAUUUGGGACCCGUAAAUGCCUCGAAGAUGAGCCUCUUGAGCCCCACGUACGAGGCUUAUCAUUUGACAUCGGCUACGCGCAAAGUAAAUGGGUUUCUGAAAUGAUGGUGCGUCGAGCUCGUGACCGUGGGCUUCCCACUGCCAUUUAUCGGCCUGGAUUCACCAUCGGUGACUUCCGAAACGGAGCUGGAAAUCCGGAUGACUUCUUUGCACGCUUGAUAGUGGGCAGUAUCAAACUGGGUGCAUUCCCCAUUCUUCCACUCCAGAGAAUGGAGUACGUGACAAUCAACUAUGUGCUCGAUGCUACCCUACACAUCGCCUCUCGUAAUGAAAACCUCGGCAGAGCAUACAGUCUGGUUGCUCCCGACCCGAAGGACUCGGUGAACCUUGAACAGACGGUGGAUGUGAUCAGGAACCUCGGAUAUUCAUUGAAGCAUAUCCCCUACUGGGACUGGGUUCGGAUGCUACAGAAAACAAGUGAUAUGGAUAAUCCCUUGCUCCCAGUUAUGCCACUACUCCAGGAGCCAGUGUUGAACGGACUCACUCGUUUUGAGACAAGUAGGAAUACGCCUCACUAUGAUAGUUCUAACACUGUUGCAGCCCUGAAGGAUGCACCGGAUAUUCAAUAUGUACCAUUUAAUUCCCAGAUGCUGGAUAAGUUCCUUGAUUUCUGGGAGAGCAAAGGAUUUUACAAGAUGCCGCCUAUUAAUAACUAA